UGUCAUAGAAACUAUAGGUUAUAUUUAUAGCGCAAAYAAUUAGUGUUUGAAAUGAAAACAUUAGUCAUUUGAUUGUCAUUUGAAUGAAUUAGUUGUUUCAUUGUUUACCUAAUAAUCGAUGUCUUCAUUAAACAAGUCUUAUCCUAAAGUCAUCCGAAAGUUAGACGAAACAGUUGUCAACAGAAUAUCUGCCGGAGAAGUGAUUCAUAGACCAGUAAAUGUUGUCAAAGAGUUGAUUGAAAACAGUUUGGACGCCAACUGUUCGUCCAUUGAGGUGACCAUAAAAGAUGGCGGAAUGAAAACUUUGAUAAUACAAGACAAUGGAUGUGGUAUUCAAAAAGAAGACUUGGAUAUAGUCUGUGAAAGGUUUACCACUUCUAAACUCGAGUCGUUUGAAGACUUGGUAACCAUUCAAACACAUGGUUUUAGAGGCGAAGCAUUGGCUUCAAUUAGUCACAUAUCUUAUGUGACUAUUGUCACCAAAACUGAUUCACAAAUGUGUGGAUUUAAAAUACAAUUCAUUGACGGAAAGCCUAAGUCAGAUGCCGUUCCGUUGGCCGCUAAUAACGGAACGAUAAUUACUGUCGAAAAUCUCUUUUAUAAUAUUCCGUUGCGAAGAAAGGCUUUAAAUAAUAUUUCACACGAAUAUAAUUUGAUUAUCGAUUUACUAACUAAAUAUGCAAUCAAUUACUCGAAUAGGGUUUCAUUUUCACUGAAAAAAUUGGGCGAAAGUUGUGAUUUGGUUACUAAUGUUGAYAAUAGUCUUAUUGAUAAUAUUAGAGUACUUUAUGGACCAAACAUUGCCACUAAUUUGAUUGAAAUAUCAUUUGAAGACAUGACAAGACUUAAAUUCUUGAUGACUGGAUUUACUUCAAAUCAAAAUAUUCAUCAAAAGAAUUUUGUAUUUAUUUUAUUUAUAAACAAUCGCUUAGUUGAAUGUCAAACACUAAAGAAAGCAAUUGACUUGAUUUACAGUAAUUAUCUUUUAAAGAGUUGCCAUCCAUUUGUUUAUUUGGACAUAAAGAUAGAGUCGCAUAACAUUGAUGUCAAUGUUCAUCCCACUAAAAAUGAAGUUUAUUUUCUUCACGAACAAGAAAUUGUGAGAAAAUUAGUUGAAACCAUUGAAAGCAAAUUAACUAAAGGAAAGGAGAGUCGACUUCUAAGUGAAGAUAUUAGCACUUUAUUUAAUAUGUCGUCUUCACAGUUAUCUAUCGAAAGUCAAUCUGAAAGUCAAUCUAUGAGUCGAAAUAACSCAUCUGUUGCUGAGGUUAAUAAAAGUCCAAAAAUURUGAAUAUAAAUAAAGAAAUKACUUCUCGAAGACCUCAAAAGCAGGUCAGAACUGAUAGUAAAGAUCGAAAGAUUAAUGAAUACUUUUCAGUCGAAAAAAGUAAACAGAAAGAGAAGAGAUAUCAGAUUAAAAGUGUUAUUUUACUUCGCAAUAAUGUUUCUGAAGAAACUGAUAGUAAUUUCCAAAAUAUUAUCUGUAAUUCGACUUUUGUUGGAUGUGCUGACGAGACAUACAUUUUAGUUCAAUACAAUACCCAACUAUUUUUGGUUAAUGCGGUUAAUCUAAAUAUAGACUUAUUUUAUCAAUUAUAUCUCAUUGAUUUUGCAAACUUUGAACAAAUCAAAUUUGCUAAACCAUUGCUUAUAUCUGAAAUAAUAGCGCCAUAUCUUAAUGAUUUGAAUAAUAACUCUCAGACACAACCYUUGGACGCAAUAUUUGUUGAGACAAUACUUAUGGAAAAGAGUGAAAUGCUUUCCGAUUAUUUCUCUAUUAAUAUAAGUCCACAAAAAGAGUUACUUAGUUUGCCUCAAAUAUUGGACUCUUWUGUCCCUAAUUUUGGUUAUUUACCACAAUUUCUCUGUUGUUUAGCUCAAGAYGUUAACUGGAAAUCAGAGAAGGAGUGYUUUGAAAGUAUUGGUAAAAUUUUGGCCAAUUUUUACGCAAAGCCUCCAAAUAAAUUUGAGUCCAAUGAUGAACAUCACAAAUGGGCCAAAAUGUUUGAGACUCUUAUUUAUCCAAAAUAUAAACAAAURUUAUGUCCAUCAAAGUCUGUGUCAAAUAACUCGACAUUUUUUGCUGUCACAACACUUCCUGAUUUGUAUAAAGUUUUUGAAAGAUGUUAA